AAGACGCAAAGCAUAAAAAAAUCAAGAAUUCAAAACUCUAACGACGGAUCAUAAAACAUUCCCAUUCCGAGGCGCAAAUUCGAUCACAAAAGAAACAUGGAUUGGUCACCAAGAUCCGCCACGAAUGCCUACCUCGACGCCCUCAAAUUGUGUAACAAAUGCCAGAGAGAAUGCACCUCUUGCGAAAGCCCCCAAAUCCCCAAAAGCAACGAGUUCAUCUCCGCCCUCGCCGCCGGCAUGAGCGCCAAGCUCAUCGUGGAGGUCACCUCCCAAGUCUCCCCUUCCACAGUCGCCCUCGCGGUGGCCGCCCGCCAGACUGGCGGCAAGCUCGUCUGCAUCCUCCCCGAACCCGACGCCCCCAACCCUUCCCGCCGGGCCAUCCAUGAAUCGGGCCUCAACGAUAUGGUCGAGUUUCGGGCCUCGGGCGACCCGGCCGAAGCCCUUUUCGGUUACGACAACAUCGACUUCUCCCUCGUCGACUUUAAAUCCCUCGACCAAAAACGGCUAAGCCUCGGAGUAAAUCCGAGACGUUCGGUGGUUGUGGCGAGUAAUCUUGUCGAGGGGGAAAAGGGUUUUGGGCCGGGCCAUUUGAGGGGUGUCGAGGGGGAGACGAGGGUUAGGUCGAUGAAGCAUCCUGUAGGGAGGGGAAUGGAGAUCACGAUGAUUGGGAAGGGUAGCGAUUUUGGGAAGAGGAGGGUGAAAAGGAGUAAAUCGGGGAGUUAUUGCAUGGGGAGGUUCGAUAGGAAUGGUGGUGGUGGUGGUGAUGGUGGGGCCCGCGUGAGGAGUACGGAUAGGAGUAAGUGGGUUUUUCAGGUGGAUGAUAAGAGUGGGGAGGAGCAUAUCUUUCGGAUGCCCAAGUCGAGGAGUGAGGUUUUCGAGGUGCAAAACGAGGUGUGAGGAUAAAUAUAUAUAUAUGUAUGUAUACAUAUAUGUGUGUGUAUGUGUUUGAGGAAAAUGUGCGAUGGGUUUUUUGUUUGAUGGUAUGGUUCGGAUGGGUCGGGUCGUGGGUUUGAUGUGGAAAGUGGGUUUGGGAAUUUGAGGUGUUUGAGAAUUUGAAUUGGGGGGUGGGGUGGUUUUUAUGGGUAUGUAAAAUGGUGGUUUUUGUGUCCAGAGGAUAUAUAUAUAUAUAUAUAUAU